UUUCACAGUACGGACGUGAUCGGAUGCGCGCGCUCAAUUAGACUGGGUCUUUGAAAACGGUUGUCGCCGAGGACCUCCAAAGCUGUCGGUUUUUGCGGUUUCGAGUUGAAUGGGAUUUUUGGAUCGCCUGUCCGCGUGGUUUUGUUUUCGUGGCUGAAGAUGUAUGGUUUUGUGGUCCUUUUUGACAGAUUGCCUUGAAUUGUUUCAUGUGCUUCGGGGCUGAAGGAAAGUAGUUUACAGAAUACGCGCUAAAUUAAAGUACUUGGUGGAGUGUGCGAUUUAAAUAGACUGCGUUGCGGUGUCCGAUCAAAGAGCGACGCGGUGAACGCGCACGGUCUGCGUUCGGUCUGUGCCGUCGCGAGUUUAAUGUUGUGUUUUCCCAUAUAGCCGAUGCCAAUCCGCAAAAUUGCUUAUAGAUUGAAUGAGGAUAAAAAUAAAAACAAAUUUUCAGCCAAUCAUCGGUUCGGAAAAGUGCGCAGACGAGGUGGCGAAGAGAGAAUUAUCCUUUGCGCGUUUCUCGAAGAAUGUGUGCUGAAUUGAGCCAACAAAUCUUCUGCUCUUUUAUUGGUCUCGAGAAGUGAGAAGGUGUAAUAAAAUCAGGAAAAAUAACGAGAAAAAAAGUGAAAUGUAGUUAACACAAAAACGAACAAUUUUGAGAGUGCAAUCGAAACAGAAAAAUUAAGUGCCGUAAUCAGGAGGGCAGUGGAAGCAACAUGAGUACAGUGUCGAUGGUUUCAGUAAAGCAAUAUCAUUCUUUGGCCUAAGAUUGUGUCCAACUGGAACUUUUGGUAUCGACGGUGUUGUGCUGUGGUCGUUGAGAGUGCACUUUUGAAUACUCCUGUAGCCGCCGCAUCCGCCACCAUCGGGCCCUCGAAAUAAGUGACGGGUCUUACAUUGGUUCCCCGUCCUGCGUGAACAUUUCUUCUUUCUUCUCGGUGGACCUUCGAAAACGGUGAUUUUAUUGGAUAAAAAAACGAAUCUCGAGUGCUGCGUUCUUUGGAAGGCAACGAUGAGGAACUGUCGUGAGUUUAAUAUGCUAAUCAACUGUAGCUGCUGCUGCCGUUGGCCAUCGGAAAAGUCGAAAUCGUCGUCGAUCAUUUGCGGGCAGCCCUAGACCUAUUCCGCAGGCGGAACCAAAGUGCACCAAAUGCGAGAAGAGCCACAUAUGCAGACAAGAAGGCAACGUUUGCAUAAAUCAUGAUAAAGUGAAAACAAAAGAAUACCAUUUAGAAGCGUGUGUAGAAAGUAGUAAAAGUUUAUCAGAGCGAAGAGCGAAGGGAGUCGAGUGAUUAGUUAUCGUUUAAUGGUCGAAGUGGGUGUGCAAAAAGCGAGAUAUAAAUAGAGAAUACGAAGCAGGAAGCGCGAUAAGUGGAUUUUGCAACCGGGAAAAUGUGGUCAAUUAGUGGCCUAUUGGUGGCCUUCUUGGGCGCGUGCUGUCUGCUGGCGGCCACUGCCCGUGGAAAGCUAGGUCGGGACGAUGUGGAUAUCGAGGAGUGGCGAAGGGAUGAUGAUUUAUUCGGCUAUCAACAGGACGGCGAGAACUAUCAUCCAACCGAAUCGGAUGAAACACGGAUUGCGCAGCCUCUGCGCCAUCGCAACGGUCGAAUGCGGAUUGGACAGUUUCGCCGAGCUGGACAUCGGGCGCGGCAUUCCAAAAAUGAUCUCAAGCUCCUAUCUGGUCUCACCUCAUCGUCCGCCACAGAUCUGGAACACGGCUUCCAGAAGGCAACCGGGCUGUGGCCAUCGUUCUUCAAUGUUGCGUUGCGUGCGACGAUGUCGGUGAAUGCAACCUGCGGCCAACACGGCAAGGAAGAGUACUGCCGCCUGCAGGAUUCACAAAGAUCACGAUCAUCCCAAUGUGGCAUAUGUGACGCCAACAAUCCAGAUUUGGAGAAACGACAUCCCAUCACGAACAUCGUGGACGGUACCAAUAGCUGGUGGCAAAGUCCAACGCUGUACAAGUCGAGCAAGAGCGAUCGUGUGACCAUCUCGCUCGAUCUGGGACAGGUCUACCAGGUUGUGUUUUUCACGAUGCGUGCCGCAAUCUCCCAGCUGCCGGCGGCGUGGGCUUUGGAGAAGUCCACCGAUGGCAAAACAUACACCGCCUGGCAAUACUUCGCGGCAAGCGACGCCGAAUGCCGGGAAAGGUUCGGCCUGUCGGCUCACAGUGCGAAUUAUAUCUACAAAAACGACUCCGAAGUGAUUUGUUCCACCCAGUUCUCCUCGGGGGAAGCGCUGGAAAAUGGCGAAAUUAAUUUGUCCCUCAUCACGGGACGACCGAGCGAGAAGACAACCUCCCAAGAGCUGCUCAACUUUAUGCUGGCGCGCUACGUUCGGAUACGCCUGGUGCGUAUGCACCCGGCGGUACUUCCCGACGAGAGUGUUGUGGACGCGCAGGCGCUGGCGAAGCGAAGCUUUUACACCAUCCGCUCGCUUCGGAUCGGUGGGCGGUGUUUCUGCUCCGGCCAUGCUGGAAAGUGUAAAGCGAAUGAUACCGACGCGGGAAACCUACCGCGGUGUGAGUGCAUGCAUAACACCUGUGGGGCGCACUGCGAUCGAUGCUGCCCGCUGUACAACCAACGUCCGUACCGCGUGGGGACGCCUCUGAGUGCCAACAAGUGUGAAAAGUGUGAGUGCAACGGACACGCCAAGCAGUGUUACUACGACAAAGAGGUGGACGAAGGAGGUCUCAGUAUGAACACUCGUGGGAAGAUGAGUGGGGGUGGAGUGUGUAUGAAUUGCACGAGAUUUACCACCGGGAUCAAUUGUGAACAAUGUCUUCCUCGGUACUACCGGCCGCUCGAAAGGAUGCCCGACGACGAGGAGCCCUGUCUUCCGUGUGAUUGUAGCGUGAUUGGAUCCACCGGCGAGUGCGAUCCGAACGGGGGGCAGUGUGUUUGUCGGGAGGGUUUCAGCGGGCCAAAGUGUUCCGAAUGUGCAGCCGGAUAUCACGGGGAUCAGUGUACGAAGUGUUUGUGUGAUGUUCGAGGAACCCGCCCCGGCGGUGAAUGCGAAUCUGAGUGUCAAUGUAGGUUGAAUGUGGAGGGAGAACGGUGCGAUAGAUGUGCGCCCGGAUAUUUCUCGCUGAGCGAAAGUAACCCCGAUGGGUGUCUGAAAUGUUUCUGUUCUGGUGUUGGACAGACAUGUGAAAGUGAUGAGCUGCUGUUGAGAAGUUAUGAAACCCUGCAGGGUUGGAGUGUAACGGAUAUUUCCAAAUCUGUAGUAGCCUAUCCGACUAGAGAUAAUGAUACUGGAUUUAUGGUGUUUGCAAUGUUCGAGCUGUCAGAAACGGAAGCCGUGUAUUGGUCGGCUCCGGAAAUUUACCUUGGUAAUCGAUUGCACAGUUAUGGCUCUCGGCUCGUUUUCAAAAUGUCAUGGGUGAUCGUUCGCGGAGAUACCAGCGGGAAGCCAACCACGGGGCCGAGUAUAAUUCUGUUCGGUCGAAACGGAAUGAAGAUCGCCUACGGAGAAGAAACGUUCACCGGUACAUCUAACGCCACCGUUGAUAUAUUGAUGAAGGAGGAUAACUGGUACCAUGUGCCGAAAAGUGUCAGAGAUAUUGUUACUCGGUUGAAAAGGACCGAAUAUCAUGGCGAUCCAGUGACGCGAGUUCAGUUUAUGUCUGUGCUCAGUGAUGUUGAAAGUGUUCUUCUAAGAGGAACCUAUCAUACCGAUCAAGUAGAAAUAGUGCUUGAGCACGCGGCGUUAUUCGAGGGCAUUCUGGGCAGUGAAACAACGGAGCAUCGAAGACAGAGCUUGGUGGAAAAAUGUGAUUGUCCGAUGGGUUACACCGGUUCUUCGUGUGAGAAGUGUGCUUUUGGGUUCGUCAGAAUCUACGAGAACACAAUUACGCACGAAAACGUUGCGAGGUGUAUACCUUGCACGAUGUGCAAUGGACACGCCGAGAGUUGUGACCUCGAAACAGGAGAGUGUGGUACAUGUCAUCAUAAUACGUUUGGUGGCACCUGCGAGCGAUGUUUGUCUGGAUACUAUGGAAAUGCUCUCCAAGGAACCGCUGGCGAUUGUAACAAAUGCGCUUGUCCAUUGGCGGAGCCUAGCAACAAUUUUUCACCAAGCUGUCAGCUGAAGGGUGGUAUUGGAUUCAUCAAUACUACAGAAUACGUUUGCACUCAAUGUCCCGAAGGCUACACAGGUGAUCAUUGUGAAAUAUGCGACGACGGCUACUACGGCAAUCCGCUGGAGUUGGGUGAGAAGUGUCUCCCCUGUCCUUGCCACGGUGGGCCGUGUAACGGAAGAACCGGGGAGUGCAUCGAAUGUGUAGGCAACACCGAAGGUUGGCGCUGUGAACGCUGCAAAAGCGGCUAUUGGGGAUCACCGGAUGACGGGUGUGAGCCAUGUAGCUGCUCGGAGGUGGGAGCGUUGGAGAACGUGUGCGAUGUCCUCACGGGGCAAUGCAUAUGUAAACCUCACUACGGCGGACGGAUGUGUAGUGAAUGUGAUAGUGGUUUCGGAAAUUUGGACCUUGACUGUCCAGCGUGUGGGUGCCACGCCAAUGGUUCCGUGAGUAAUAUCUGUGAUAAAGUGAGUGGCCGCUGUGAGUGCUUGAUGGGCGUCGAGGGCACCCACUGUGAUCGCUGUUCGGAGGAAUUCUUCGGGCUGUCAGAGCAACAUCCAGCAGGUUGCGAAGGCUGCAAUUGCCACAUCCAGGGAUCGGUAAACCGAAUCUGCAAUCAGCACAGCGGACACUGCGUCUGCAAGCUCAACGUGGAAGGUCGCCAGUGCAAUAAGUGCGCGAGCGGAUACUGGAAUGUGGACUCCGGAGUGGGCUGCGUUAAGUGUGCGUGCGAUCCCAACGGAAGUGAUCAUCACGAGUGCGAUAUGUAUACCGGCCAGUGCUUCUGCAAAAUCGGCGUCGAGGGGACCAACUGCGACCGAUGCCAGCAGGGGUACUACGGUUUCUCUAGUCAGGGUUGUAAGAGAUGUGAGCAGUGUGCGAGUCCGGCGUUCGUGUGCGAUCCGGAUACUGGUCGGUGCGUUUGUCCACCCAACAGUCACGGUCACGAGUGUAGAUCCUGCUUGACGAAUACUUGGGGCAAUGUGUUCCAACGUGGCUGCAAGCACUGUGAGUGCGACAUCGCUGGAUCUAUUGGACAAGCGUGUAACGCUCAAACCGGUCAAUGCAACUGCAAGGAAGGAUACAAUGGAAGACAGUGUAGUGAAUGCGCUGUGGGUUACUACGGCUACCCGAAUUGUCACAGAUGUGAAUGUGAUGAGCGAGGAUCUAUACCGAGGUCGGAUGGAACCUUCGGCUGUGACGAUAAUGGUCAGUGCUUGUGUAAACCUCUGGUAUUUGGUCAGAAGUGUGAUCAGUGUAAGUCCGCCACGUUUGGUUUGGCAGCGGUCAAUCCGGACGGAUGCACGAGAUGUUUCUGCUUUGGGCGAUCGCAAGACUGCGAGCAGAGUGAUCUUUCCUGGGGUCAGAUUCGUCUACAGGGAUCACGGAACCUCAGUGUCGAGUAUGUGGUGAAGGCGGAGGACGAGUUUGACUUUGAUUACGUUGUAGUGAUCCAACUGGAAGGCACUAAAACCAACCGGGAAGACGCAGAGAUCAAGAACAUGAAUAAUUUGGAUUUGAUCCCGAGUUCAUCGGGAAAUGUUUCGAUAGGGGCGUACAGUGCAUUCCAGUAUCCAUUGUAUUUUCAACUCCCUCCACAGUUUCUCGGAGAUCGCACCACUAGCUACGGAGGGUUGCUUAAUUUCACUCUAGUCACCAUGGGUGCAUUCCAGAAUAUUCCGGAGGCAUCGCUUCGACAGUUCCCGCUGAUACAGUUCCAUACCCAUGAUGAACUCGUUUUAGACUAUUAUGAAGAUCGGCUGACUUACGACAGUGAUUUGGUGCAUCAUUCAGCAAGGCUACACGAAGGUCUAUGGAAGAAUCACUACGACGGACAACCGAUCACUCGAGCGAUUCUGAUGGUAGCCCUGCAAAACGUGAAGCACAUAUUUUUGCGUGGCACGGUUACAACGGAUUUCCGACAGGUUGUUUUAACAAACGUUACCCUGGACGCAGGAAUUUUCGUGGUGGGAGCGGAAAAUAAUCACGCUUACGGCAUCGAGCGGUGUACUUGCCCAUCUCAGUAUAGCGGACUGUCUUGUCAGAAUCCGGGCCAAGGAUGUUAUCGUUUCAAACCAGAGCUUAUCAACAAACAACCUGAAACGAUUGAUGAUUACAUCGGCAAAGUAUUGAGGUGUGAUUGCAACGGAAGAAGUGAGGAAUGUGAGCCAGAAACAGGAGUCUGCUUGAACUGCCGCAACAACACCGGAGGGGAGCACUGUCAAAUUUGCGCGGAAGGUUUCUACGGCAACCCAAUCUAUGGUUCAUGCGAAUCUUGUCCUUGCCCCGAGACGAGAAAAAACUUCGCCAGAGGUUGUGUUGUGCGAGAGAAUGAGGUGAGCUGUAUUUGCAAGUCCGGCUAUACUGGACGACUGUGUGAAUCUUGCGUGAAGGGUUACUACGGAUUCCCUCAUAUUGAACACGGUCGUUGCGACUUCUGUGACUGUAACCGGGAAGGAAGCUUGUCGGAUGAAUGUGACCUACAAACUGGUCAGUGUUUCUGUAAACCUGGUAUCACAGGCAGACGAUGCGAUCGGUGCGAAUUGCCGAAGCACAUCGUCCAGGGUUACAAGUGCAAGCCUUGCGACAACUGCACAGUUAUCCUGAUCGAUGACUUGACCGAAUUAUCUAGUCUAUUAGUUCGGGAGACGUCUCACAUCGAUCAAAAUGGAAUUCCUGCUCCAUGGGUUGAUUUGCAGAGGUACGAAACAGAAUGUUCCGAUCUUGGUUCUGCAGUUGGCGAACUUCUGGAUGUGAAAGAUCGCCUGGUUAACUUUGAUAAUUCCCUACUAGAUAAUAUGAAACGUAACGCAACUCGGCUGAACAAGCGCCUCGGCAAGCUCGCUAACCGCGCCGACGAAUUCCGGGACAUCACGGUCAUCAAAACACUUGAAAGAUCCGCAGCUAUUGCAAGCGAUAUUAGCGAUACGAAACAGGACAUCGAGCAAACGAUCGAGACUCUCCACAAAUACGGCAAAGGCGAUGAUCACAUAAAGCUCCCGAUAGCGCUGCAGGAAGCGAAUGAGCUGCUCGUGGAUAUAAAAUUCAAGUAUGGCCAAAGUCGUCCCAAAACGGAAGCACUGCAGUGUGCCGUGAGGCACCACAACUAUUGGAGUAAUGUUUCGGAAAUCGUCGAUCACCAGAAUAAACGGUUGGAUGAUCUUAAGUUCGAGAUUGCGCUGUUGCGUGGCAGAAUGGAUGAUUUCGAUCGUCUCAACAAGGAGGUAUUCAAUCAUGCAACCCUGACGGAGAGCUUCACCACGAAGAACAGACGAAAACUGGCCGAGUUGGAGCGCAAAUUCCAGCAGUCAGCUGAGAGCGUUGAUGAGGUGCAGAGUUUCCUAGAUGGCAACACUCUCACGGAUGGCAAUGUGAUACACGAGCAGAUAAAGGAUAACUACAAACAGUUGGAGCAGAAUAGAGAGAAUCUGAAAUGGUUAAACAGUGCUCUAGAAGACACCAUUAAAGAGUUCGAUAUCAAAUUUGGGGAGCUGAUGCGAGACGACGUUCCGGAAGCGAUUGCUUAUGGGAAAAAAUUGAAGCAAGAGUCAGAUCUCUACCAGCAAAGGUUCAAACACACAGAAGAUGGUGCAGCGAACGCGAUGAAAGCUAGUCUGGCGUACGAAAACAUCAUCGCAGCCGUUGUUUCCGCCCAAGAGCUGGCAGAUAAAGCGACGGAUAGUGCAAAAGCGGCCAACAAUAAAGUCAACCCGUUGAGUGAUAUUUCCCUGGCGGAAAGAAGCGAACACUCGAUGAACAUUUCGACGAAUAUCGAAAAGAAAGCGAACAAGGAACUGGAGAAGGCGAACGAGCUGGACGAGAUUAUGGUUAUGAAGGAGAAGAAUGUCGAGAGUUUGCAGUAUCGGAUGCGACUCGCUGGCGUUGACAACAACAAGGUAUUGGAAGAGCAGGCCGCAGUGAAUCGAGGCGAAGCGCUGAAGAAACUACAAGCCACACUCGAUCAGGCGAACAUUGUAUCCGAUCAGAUGAAGUUCGUCAGGGAGGAGGCGGUCGGUUUGAACAGUGACGUUUAUAAACUGAAACUGAAGCUGGCCAAAUUGGAACCGGAAUGGGAUACCAAGUUUGGGAUGGCGGAGGAAAACGUGUCACAAUCUUUGGGUAAUAUUUUGAACGCCAAGAAGGAACUCCAUGGAGUUGAGAAGCUUGCUAAGACCCAGAGUGAGAAGUUUCAGGCAUGGAAUGCUUCUUUCUCGAUACAGCUCCAGGAACUAAAGGACAAAAUUGCUCGUGCGAAACAUGCUGCAGAGGGGAUUCGCGUAUCGCUGGAAUCACAAGAGGAGUGCAUGCGUUCGUACGCACCGAUUUCCUACGGCCCUUCGACCACAAGCCGCAUCGUGAUGUCCGUAGCACUGAACUCCGACAGCACCGAUUCUCCGCUUGUUUACAUCCAGGGCGAAGAGCGUCGGUUCAUUGCACUAGAAAUGCACAAACGCAAGAUCCGGCUGGUAUGGAACCUGGGUGACGAGGUGAUGGUAAUCACCCACCCGACGGAGAUCAAGCCUCGCGAUCCGAAGUACGACGACGCGUGGUACUUCAUCGAAGCGAAUCGAACCUUCAAUCUGUGCAAUCUUAACGUCCGCCGGAUGACCCACGCCGGGGUCUUGCUACACGCGAAUGCGGUUUCCGGAGCGAGCAGUCCAGAUUACUCCACACUCUCGAUGGGUCCGAGCAGCAGAAUUUGGGUCGGCGGGGUGCCAAACGAGUUGAGAACACCCGAGAUGCUCACGAAACAGGGUCUCGGAGUGAUCCUCAGUCAGCUGUAUGUGGAUCAGAGACAGAUCGGACUGUGGCACUUCACUGCAUCUAGUGGAAACUGUGCGGGGGCAAUGCUUGGACCGCAAGAAAGUUCGAGUACCACCAACGAGAGGCAUUUCAAUGGGGAUGGCUACGCGGUGCUUCAAAAAUCCUCCAGUCAUAGAAGUAAGAAUCAGUUCAGUUUGACACUGAGCUUCAAAACGUUGGAUGAAAAUGCGCUAAUAUUUUUGGCGUUGGACGAAGUGAAUAACCGAUCCAUUUCUCUCACACUCUACGAAGGCCGUUUAGUUUUCCGUGUAGACUACGGCGGAGAUUCGAAACUGGAGAUCAACACCACCAAUCGCUAUAAUACCGGGCAUUGGGUCGUUGUUGAAGCCGCACGUUCCUUCUCUAAGGGCAGCACUGAGAACGGUAUUCUCAAGGUUGACAAUAAGGAAGAAUUCCGUGGAGCACCAACGAAACCGAUCAAUUCGGGAAUGCUGCCAAAUCUCGGCAGUAAUUACUAUCUCGGAGGCGUCCCACCGGGAUUCAAAUCUGGAACAACUAAAGCACCGGGCGCAGAUCAUGCCUUCCUUGGAUGUUUGAAAGGCGUUCAGAUAACGGGGGUUUCAUACGACCCGUUGGAUAGCUCGAAACACUUCGGCAUAGAGGGCUCCUGCGUGGAUACCAUCAGCCGGGCUGGUUUUUAUGGCAAUGGUUAUGUCGAGUUUCCGUCACAUAGUUUAAGAAAGCGGGCUAACUUUGGUUUUGUAUUCCGCACAUUGGACCCGAAUUGCUCCCUAUUAUUAUCCGGAUUUCCAUCCAGUUUAUCGAAUGAUUACGACUCCAAAGACAUACGGGGCAACUAUUCCGUUUUCCUCUACGAGGGCAGACUGAACUUAUGGGUUGACUCCGGCGCUGGUCGUGUCGAGUUGGAGUCUAACAAUACGUUGAACGACGGAGAAUACCAUGUGCUGAGCGUCAUCAAGCGUGGCCGAAUGGUGGAACUUCGAAUAGAUGAUGAACUGCAGGGAUCCAAAGCACUGCCAAAGGCGCAAGCAUUAGUCAACAUGCCGGGAGAGCUUGGUGGUCUGUUCCUAGGCGGGGUUCCCGAUGAUCCAGCUUUCGAUACCCUGUCCAGAGCAUUUAACGGACUGAAGGGGAUGAUCGCGAAUGUUGUGUUCAACAAUCGUACAAUCUCGUUCGAUCAAGCAAUCAACUUCACUAACGUUCAGAUGGGACGAUCUGGUCCGAGUAUGGGAUCACACUUUCUCCACACGGCGCUUAUGAAGACUGAACCUAUCGGUCGCAGCUUCAAACCACCUCCAGAAGGAUGUAACAGGGUGGGGAGCUAUUCGUACGAGCCCAAUGCCUUCAAGUAUGGGGACAAGCCCCAGAGCCACUCCAUAGUCACCGUAGCCGCUCGUCAUCUCUGGCAGAGAAAUUUUACUAUUCAGUUCGACUUCCGAACUUUCUACCCCAGCGGAUUGCUCUUUGCAGCUCUGGGUUCCAAAGACAAAGCGAAACACUUCAUCACACUCGCGCUGAAGGAUGGCUCCCUCGCGCUAACCAUCCGGGGACGCAAGCGGGAUGUGCUGUCACUUCCGGUGAAGCUGAACGAUGGUCGCUGGCAUCAGGUGUCGUUGAACAGUGUCAAGAAGAAGGCCACGCUGAGCGUCCAGAUCGGUAACAGCAUCAGUUCGGCACAGAUAAAAUUACCAAAGAAGCUGAAUGCAGCGAACAAUAUAUUCGUUGGCGGCAUCCCCGACGAAACGUUACUGCCAAAGGAGCUGCAACCGAAACCGGAGGAGUUUAAGGGAUGUCUGAGGAAAUUCUCGGUGAAUAACAACACGCAGGAUUUGGCCCGCCCUGGGCGGCAUCUCAACGUGGGGCAGUGCUUCCCGCGGAUCGAACAGGGUUCAUAUUUUCCGGGGGAUGCGUACGCAAUUUACAAGCGCAACUUUAAUGUCGGGAAAUUCUUGGAUGUCGAUCUGGAGCUGCGGACGUCGGAAGUUAAUGGUGUUCUGAUGAGCGUGGCUGACCCGACCAAUGGUUUUCCGGCAUUCUCCUUAGAAAUAUCCAACGGAAACGUUGUCCUGUCCAUCGACGUCGGUGACGGUUAUCCAAUCCGCGUGCAGAGCACUCUUCCCUCGAAAUACACCCUUUGUGACAACCGGUGGCACAACGUUUCCGCCCUGUACGAGGAUCACCAAAUAGUGUUGCGCGUGGAUAGCUAUCCAACCAACACGCUGCUGGUGCAGUCGAACGAUGUACUACGAAGGGUGGCCACUAAGGCACCGCUUUACAUCGGAGGAUUGCCGGAUACCGCACCCAGCGGAACACUGCUGCUGCGGGAAAACUUCAAGGGCUGCAUACGGAACGUGGUGAUACGAAACGAGCGGAAGGACUGGACCGACAUGGACAAUCUCCACAAUGUGCUGCUGAGUGAAUGUCUAGCCAUCAACGGACGCUCAGUGUGAGUGGGGGAACCCCUCCGAUUGUCAUCACAUCUGUAAAUAGUAGAUCAUUUCCACUUCGCAUGUGAAUACGCUUAGUAGAACUCAUUUCCCGCGAAAACAAACGGUCCGCCGGUUCAAGCAUCGUUUGAGCCGCACCGGACUACGACAUGCCAAAUAAACUAUUUUGUACAUACGAUCGGAAGAUCCAAGAGGCUCUUAAUUCGAUGUAGUGUUGCUGCUGACCCGACCUGCUUCCGAUUUUUCCAAUAGCCUCGAAAUCUUUCUAAGCCGCUAGGGAAGAUGACUUUGAGCAAUCUGACAAUCUGUGUCGGUUUGUUUUAGGAUGCUAGAAAUGUGCGUAAAACCACCGAUUUUAUUAUUCAAACAGUUAGUAAUGCUAGGAAUAGAACAAAUUCAACCGAACCGAAGUGUUUUUUUAGCGAAAGCGAAUAUGUACAUUACAUUCGAGUCACACACAGUUAGGUAGGCUUUAAAUUAAGUAUUUAUUUGGUCGAUUUUAACUAAUAACUGCCAAUUCAACGAAAAACAACCUUAUUCAAUUCGAUGUGUAUUCCUAUUGAAUGCUGUUCAUGGGAUGAUUGAACAAAACAGUAAGAUAAACAAAUCAUAUGCUGCCAUACGAAUAGUUAAGUUGAUGUAUUUAAUAAUGUAUUAAACUAUAGAUAAUCGUGCUUCCGCUUGGAAGCAUUUGGGAUGUAUAUUUUCUACGUUUGACAAAAGUUAAUGUAUGAUAACAUAGCGUAAGCUUUAUCUGUAAACAUGAUUAUGUGAAUGUUUCUGUGAAAUAAAUCGAACAAGAAUA